AAGGGGGAUUACUUGAAAUUCAACAAAAAUCCUUACAAACGGAAUAGUCGUAACGAAAACAGCAUAGGAAUGGGAACAGGAGGUGGAGACCAGAACCAGAAAUCUCGGACUAACUACUCACCGUCUUCUUCGUCGUCGUCGUCGUCGUCGUUUUUCUCUCAUUUUUUGUCGUCGGCUCUGAGAGUCAAGCCCCUCCACUCUCCCUCCGAGGUCUCCGUCCGUACAAACUCGGGCGAUGGCCUCGUCCGCCGCCUCGGCAUGUUUGAUCUCAUCCUCAUCGGCAUCGGCGCCUCCAUCGGCGCCGGCAUCUUCGUCGUUACCGGCACCGUCGCUCGCGACGCCGGUCCCGGAGUCACAAUUAGCUUCAUACUAGCUGGACUAUCAUGUGUGCUAAAUGCACUGUGUUUUGCUGAGCUAGCUUCUCGUUUUCCUGCCGUUGUCGGGGGAUCAUAUUUGUAUGCUUAUUCAUCUUUCAAUGAGCUCACUGCUUUUCUUGUCUUUACUCAAAUAAUGCUCGACUACCAUAUUGGAGCAGCCAGUAUAGCCCGUAGCCUAGCAAGCUAUGUAGUUACCAUUCUAGAACUCUUUCCUUUUUUUAAAGAUAACAUUCCAAACUGGAUUGGCCAUGGGGGUGAAGAGUUCUUUGGUGGGGUUUUAUCCAUCAACAUACUAGCUCCGAUUCUACUUGUACUUCUGACUAUAAUUCUUUGUUGGGGUGUCAGAGAAUCAUCUGCUGUAAACUCAUUCAUGACUGCGUUAAAGGUUAUUCUAGUUAUUGUCGUCAUCCUUGUUGGGGCUUUUGAGGUUGAUACUUCAAAUUGGUCUCCCUUUGCCCCAAAUGGUUUUAAAGAAAUACUAACAGGAGCAACUGUAGUAUUCUUCGCAUACGUUGGAUUUGAUGCAGUUGCAAAUUCAGCUGAGGAGUCAAAGAGACCACAGCGAGAUCUACCAAUAGGCAUAAUUGGUAGCCUUCUGGUAUGUAUAGCAUUAUAUAUCGGUGUCUGCUUGGUGAUUACUGGAAUGGUGCCUUACAAUUUGCUCGGUGAAGAUGCUCCACUAAGUGAAGCUUUUACAUCCAAGGGUUUAAAAUAUGUUUCUGUCCUAAUCAGCAUAGGUGCUGUUGCCGGACUUACAACAACUCUUCUAGUCGGUCUCUAUGUUCAGUCUCGGUUAUACCUUGGCCUUGGAAGAGACGGCUUACUACCUUCAAUAUUUGCCAGAGUACACCCGAGAAGACACACUCCAAUUAAUUCUCAGAUCUGGGUUGGAAUUGUUGCUGGAGUACUAGCGGGGCUCUUUAAUGUGACUGUGCUAUCACAUAUACUUUCUGUUGGGUCAUUGACUGGCUACUCUGUUGUUGCAGCAUGUGUUCUGUCUCUUCGCUGGAAGGAUAAGACAUCAAGUCAAAUAUCUUCCUCAUCCUGGAGGGAAGGUAUCAUCUGCCUUUUCAUGGUUGCCCUCGGGGGUUUCGUUUCUGGACUUUACUACCGUGUGAACAUUUCGAUUGUUUUCCUGCUAUUAGCCUUAGUUGUGGCCGUACUUGCUUGCAUUGCUCUGUAUUUCCACCAAGUAUAUGGAGAUACACCAGGGUUCUCUUGUCCUGGGGUUCCUCUUGUGCCGGCCGUUUGCAUUUUCUUCAACAUGUUCCUAUUCGCUCAGUUACAUUAUGAAGCAUGGAUCAGAUUUAUCGUCCUUGGCAUUAUUACGAUAGGUGUUUAUGCAUUUUAUGGGCAAUAUCAUGCUGAUCCAAAGUCACAAGAGACAGUAAUUUACUACAGGGCACCCGGAGAAGAAACUCGAUAAUUGUUUAGGACUGGCCUGCGCUGUGGGUUGUUGCCCUGCAAUAGCAUUAGUAGUCUUAGCAUUCACCUGUAUUGAUAUUUUAGUCUGUAAUGGCAGAAUAAAUAUCACCUUAUUAGACCAUUAUUAGUCUUAGCAUUCACCUGUACUGAUAUUUUAGUCUGUAAUGGCAGAAUAAAUAUCACUUUAUUAGACUA